UUGCAAUUAAUUAAAUAUCUCGAAACCCAAAAAGUUUUCACGCUACACCAUGUCCGGUUAUCCUCAUCCUCCGGCAGGCUACGGCUACGGUGCUCCACCGACAUCCCAAUCUUACGGAACCGCUCCUGCAUACGGAGCGCCACCGCCUUCUCAGCCUUACGGUGCACCACCGCCUUCUCAGCCUUACGGUGCACCACCGCCUUCUCAGCCUUACGGUACGCCGCCGCCUUCUCACCCCUACGGUGCACCCUAUGCACCACCUCCGGGCGACAAGCCACCAAAGGACAAACCUCACUCCUCUGCUCCCGCACACGGCGGUUACCCACCGUCAGCUCCGUAUGGAAGCCCGUUCGCCUCACUAGUACCCUCCACUUUUCCUCCAGGGACGGAUCCCAACGUCGUUGCGUGCUUCCAACUCGCUGAUCAGGACGGCAGUGGGUUCAUCGACGACAAGGAAUUGCAGAGAGCGCUCUCUAGUUAUGAUCAGAGCUUCAGUUUGAGGACCGUUCAUCUUCUCCUGUUUCAUUUCACCAACACCAACAGCAGGAAGAUCGGGCCAAAGGAAUUCACCUCAGUAUUCUACAGUCUUCAGAGCUGGAGGUCCAUUUUCGAUAGAUUUGAUAGGGAUAGGAGUGGCAGGAUUGAUUCUAAUGAGCUGAAGGAGGCCUUAUAUAGUUUAGGGUUUGCUGUAUCACCGGUCGUUUUGGAUUUGUUGGUUUCUAAGUUUGAUAAAAGUGGAGGCAAAAAUAGGGCCAUUGAAUAUGACAAUUUCAUUGAGUGCUGUCUUACUGUCAAGGGUUUGACUGAGAAAUUCAAAGAGAAGGACUCCACAUAUUCCGGUUCGGCAACUUUCACUUAUGAGGCCUUCAUGCUAACCGUUCUGCCAUUCCUCAUAGCAUGAAAGUUCAAUGUAUUUAAAGGGUUUUGGACUCUGAAUUUGGAAGUUCUCAUGGCUUCUUUUGUGUGUUUUUGGUUAGUGCUUACCACUCGCUCACUGGUUUAGUAAUAAAUAUGCUAACGUUUGGUUAUGUUGUAAAACUUUUUUCGUUGUAUAAUGAAUUUUAGUGUGCAGUCUUAUUAGUUCCA